ACUUCAGAGUAUCAUUCUGCAGCUUUAUUAAUUUCCAUACAUGGCCCUGAAGGUCAGCCCCUUACACACUACGCCUCGUUGUGAAGCUCAUACCAGGAUGGAAAAAUAAUGUCUUCCGUUAAAUUAAACUUCAGAGGCAAAUAUAUUUGCGGUUGUUUUCCAGCCAUGGUAAGUCCUCUGGUCUUCAUGAUGGUGUGUGCCUCUGACUCAAAAUGCAGUCUCCACAAAUGAAUACGAAGGCUAAAAUCAAGACUAGACACUCACUGCUCUUUCAUGUGCGAACAAUACGUGCGAAAGGAAACUCCUGAACAACAGGUAACACCUGUCAGUCAUCCGUUAACUUACUUUUGCCGAAUUGAAAAAAAGAGGGAACUGAACACCAAAUCAGCUGUCUGUAAAAUGGCAAAGCACGUGCCAUGAAAUAAAAACUGAUAGCUUGCAUUUUUGUCUCAUUCAUCUUUUGAUCUGAAAUGCAAAUGCCUUACUGUAAGUAUAUAGCAAAAAUAACAAAUUUCACUGACAGAGGGGGAGAGAGCAAAAUUUGGUACGCUUCUAUCGAUAUAGCCUACGUUUUGUCAAACAAAAUAACACCGUCACGUCACCCUAACGUGUCGCGCGCAUAUGCUUUUCUCGUAUUGGCGCAGAGACGCCUGACAAGCACCGCUGCUCCAGUCGGGAUUACCGCUCCCGGGGAAGGGUGCGGCGUGAGUUUACAUGUUGCUACGGCAACGAGACGCCAAGAGGUCCGUGUGUCCUGAGAUCACGGAGGUGUUGGUUUGUGUUUUUUUUCGUAUCAGCUGUGGCCGGGUACUUUUAUCUGGCAUAUCUGCUCACAUUUGUGGAAGGAGAUACCAAAGCAAAAUGACUGAUAUUUUGUGCCGCUGGGUUAAUUCGGAGCUUCAAUUAUCUAAGCCCGUGGACGGGAGUUCAUUAGCCCGAGAUUUUUCCAGUGGAUAUCUUCUUGGAAAAGUCCUGCACAAAUACCAACUUCAGGAUGAUUUCGACCAGUUUUCAAAGAGCAGUGCAGCAAAUUCCAAGUUGAACAACUUCAUCCGAUUGGAGCCCACUCUGCUGCUGCUCGGGGUGCCCUUUGACCUGGGCGUGGCCAAGGCGGUGAUCCAGGAGCGGGAGGGGGCGGCCACGCGGCUGCUGUACCAGCUGUACAUCGUGCUGCAGAAGAAGAAGAGGCUGGGUUUGACGGGCGUCGCCAUGGAGACCCUGCGGCCCGCGGCAACCGCCCGCCUGCACCGCGUGGAGAACAACAUCUACACCGAGCGCAUGCGGACGGUGGUGAGGCGCGAGGCGGACCUGAACCUGCAGAGGAUCUCGCAGCGGUUCGAGGUGCGGGGACGGGAGAUCCGCGACCGGGCGUCGGCCGCGCAGCGCGAGCAGGAGCAGCGGCUGCAGAGGAUGCAGGAGGAGCUGCGCCUGCAGGACGUGGAGAAGCGCCGCACGGGCCGCAGGAAGCAGCAGGAAGUGAUGACGCGGAUCCAAGGCGCCAUCGUGCAGAUUCCCAAGCCCCCGCCCGACCGCACGCUGAAGGCCCUGGAACGCCAGAGGCAAACCCGGAAGCAGCGGGAAAUCCAGGGCGUUUACAAGGAGCUUGCGCAGUUUGAGAAGAACCUGAAGAAGCUGUCCCCUACAGGCUGUACCCCUUCCUCCUUUAGUGCGAUGCAGGAGCUGCCUCACAGCGAAGCUCCCAGCAGCCAGCGGGGCAGGGCGCUGGGGCCCGAGGACACCGCCGCGCGGGAAGAGAGGGCGAAACGCCGGAGGCGGUUCCUCACGGAUCAGCAGCGGGCCCACGAGGAGCUACAGGACCGGAUGGAGGAGGAGCAGCUGGUGGAGAGGCUGACCCGGCAGACGCAGCAGGAGAGGAGGCUGGCCGUGCAGCUCAUGCAGGUCCGGCAGCAGAAGGACGUGAUCCGGCAGAACCGCGUGUUCCGGGAGCGGCAGUACCAGGAGCAGCGGCAGCGGGACUUUGAGGAGGCGCUGGACAGGGAGGCGGCCCUGGCUCGGCAGGCCCAAUGGGAUCACGCGGAAGAGAUCCGCCGGGAGAGAGAGCAACACGACCAGAUCGCGGCCGAGCGAGCCCAGGAGCGCUACCGCAAGCACUUCCUGUUCUGCCGCGAGGUCCUGGAGCAGGUCGUGGACCUGGCCACCAAGGCAGGGGAGUACCGCCUCCUCACGGGCAAUCUGAUCCCAGGGAAGAUGGUGCGGGAGUGGAAGGAGCUCCUGUUCGCGGGGAAGCCGCUGUAUGACGGGGCGCAGGUGGAGGCCGUCCCUGACCCCCCCACCCCGGAGCAGCUGGUGGAGAUGGAGAAGCUGGAGAUCCUGAACUGCCAGGACUACGAUGAGUACAGCGGCAUGAUGGGAGAGUGGGCGUGGCCAGAGGAACAGGAGGCGAAGCAGCCCCCCUCCAACAACAACAUCCUGGGUCAUGUGGUGAACCGGCUGCGGGGGGUCGUGGACCUGCCCGCACCCGAGCUGCCCCCCCCAUCUUUUCCCAACUUCACCCUGAAGGCCUGUGUCCUGGGGAAGGUGUACUCAGGGAAGACCACCUGCCUGGCCAGGAUAGCCCAAGCGCAUGGGGUCCAGGUCCUGUCGGUCAGCACUCUGGUCCAGGAGGCCGUGCAGGCCUUCCAGGCCAUACAGGGGGCCGCCGAGCAUGCUGGGAACGCCAAGGAUGCUGGGAACGAGAACAAGAUGGCGGAGAGGCGUGGUUCUUCAUCCAACAUCACUGACCGGGUGGAAAAUGGCCUUGAUAAAGGGGACGAAUUGUCUGUAUCGCGUGAAUCAGGACCCGUCUCCCAGGUUCCUGAGCUGAAAGUGCCCAUGAACGAGGACAUAACAUCAAGGCUGUCUGUGAAAGCCCAGUAUGGGGCUGUGGUGGAGAAGAUUCUGAGGAAAGGACAGGCCCUUCCUGACGAGCUCCAGGUGGACAUCGUGGUCGAGGGAGUCAGACAGGUCCCUGCAGGCUCGGGCUGGGUUCUGGACGGGUUCCCCUCGAACCUGGCGCAGGCGAAGCUGCUGGAGAAGGCCCUGAGGGGGUCGGACCCGGACCCGCCCGACCGGAGGAGGGGGAGACGGAGAGCCAGCCUGGCCGUGAACCCGAACCCCCCCAGGGAGGUGCCCCCCCCCCUGCCCGCUCUGGACCUGGUCCUGCUGCUGGACCUGUCCGACAGCGCGGCUCUGGACCGGGCGGGCAAGCAGGCCGAUGAGCUGGAGACACACCCACCUUCUGAGGGGGACCCACCCGUGGACCCGGGGGCCCAGGACAGUGCCCCCCCACCUCCGGACAGGAGCCUGGAGAAGAGGCAGAUUCAGCACAGGAUCACAGCAUUCCAGGACACCUGGCCCAAGCUGGAGCGGUGGUUCUCCAGGAAGCAGGGCGUCCUGGUGCAGGUGAACGGCGAGGUGGAGGAGGACGCGCUGUACAGGAAGGUGGAGUCGGCCAUGUUCCAGGCCAUGGCUCGCAAGGCGGAGACAGCUACAGGCGAGGAUGCGGAGGACCACGGGGAGAAGAUUGUACGCUCCACCCCCGUCGCAUCGACCGCCCUGUCCCCUGUCCCGGCCUCCCCCUCCGCCGCUCCCGCCAAAUCCACCCCCGCCCUCGCUCAGGAGCCGCCGGGGAGGCGCCGCUCCAGGUCCAAGUCCUCCUCCCGCUCCCCCAAAGGGUCACGGAGCCGCGUGGGUUCAGGAAAAGACGGAAAAGGGAAAAAGCCGGAAACGCCGGACGGGAAAAGCCAGCGCAAGCGUUCCAAGUCUGGGUCCGCACGCUCCGGGGGCUCCCAGGGUCGUUCCAGGGGAGUGUCGAUGUCAUCGCCCCUCGAAGCUCCGCAGGGCGAGAACGCCGCCCCCCCUGAGGACCUGGGGCCCCCCCCUGGCUCUGAGGACUGGGUGUACGUGGACGAGCCUCUGCCCAAGGAGAUCUCAGAGUACCUGGUUCCAUACUGGGAGAACGCCUGCAGCUCCUACGAGUCCAACGUGAAGACCGUGAUGCAGAACCUGCGCGGAGAACGCAACCUGAUCAUCAGACACCUGUACAACAUCAGGGAGGACUUUAAGCAGUACCUGAAGAGGCCGGAUGAGAAGCAGGAGCUGGUGUCCCGCUGGCAGCAGGACUACAACGCCGUGCCCGAGGACAUGAGGAGCGACGAGCGGACCAAGGCGGAGCUACACCAGCGCCUGGAUGACCUGCGGGAGCGCCUGUGGGACGUGGCGGACGGGCGGAGGGAAGACGCGGAGCGGGAGCGGACCGGAGUCAUGGGGGACGGCUGGCUGGACGACCACAGCGGCGUGCUCGUCAACCACUUCUGCUCGCUCAUGCAGGUGGAGGUGGACAGGUUCCAGGAUUCUGUGUACGUCCUCCGGGAUUAUUACCGAGGAAUGUGUGGGAGGGGCCUGCCGGAGCCGAGGGCGGAGUUUGUGCGCAUUCCGCUGCUGGACCUGGCCAAUGGGGUGGAAGGAACCCAGCCUGACGGGAACAAGAGUCCCCCUGGCUCUGCCCACUCUGAGAGGAAGACCAGCAGCAGCCCCGAGAAAAAGGACAGCAAUGGAGAAGAGAAGAAGAGCAGAAUAGUCCCCCUCAUCCCCAGGAGACCCCCGUCUGCGGAGGCGCUGACGUCCGGAGGCGACCCCGCCGAGCCGUCCCGGGACGAGAGGCUGCUGUGCGACAUCUGGCAGACGGCCCUGACCGCCGUCAGCAACAUGGUGUCAGCGGAGCAGCAGCAGCGGGAGGAGGAGGAGAACGAGGAGCAGCUGGUGCAGAGGCCGCGUGUGAAGAGAAUGUCUGUGGUGUCAGCCAGGGCCAGCUCCGCCAAGGAUAAGAAGAAAGCUGGCAAGAAGAAAAGCGGUGCCACCCCGGUACCAGACCCCACCCCGCCCCCCCCUGCGGAGGAGGACACGGCGUUGCUGCAGAGGAAGGCCCUGAGGGCCAAGAUUCGGCAGGAGUACGGAGCGGCGCUCGAUCACGAAGCCCGUGCGGCCGUGGUGCGCCUGGAGCUGAUCAAGGCCCGCGCGCUCUCCGUGGUGCGGAGCCUCCAGCGGCGUGCCGCACAGGCUUAUGGGGAGAUGGAGGAGUGGAACGGGGCGCGCUUCCUGGCCGAGAUGACCAGCAUCGACCAGCUGGCGGAGGUGGCGAGACAGCACAUCGAGCGGGCCGCUGAGAUCGAGCAGGAGCUGGUCCUGCGGGGCACGGAGUUCUUCCUCAACGGGGACGUCCGCGUGGUGCCCGUCCCGGUGCCCGCACCUCGCCCGCCUUCCGUAGAGCGCCCGGCGGGCAGCAGGCUCUCCGUCCUUCAGCUGGAGGCUCUGCACGCCCAGCUACUCAAGGUCGCGCCCGAAGGUGUGCUGUCCCCCCAGCAGCUCGCUGAGAGCCUGCAGCAGCUCAUCUCCACCAGCUUCGGGAGCGACUCCUUACCUGAGCCCUGGCUGAAGCUCUCUGAAGCUCAGGUCCUGGAGCUGGUAUCCAUGGCGACGCAGGGCUCGGAGGUCCUGGAUUGGCGGCUCUUCCUGCUGGGCGUCGCCCUGCCGUGGCCAAUCCCGACACAGCGCCAGCUGCUGCAGACUCUGGCCCGGUUCAAGGCUGCGGACACCGCAGACACAGGCUUCAUCUCUGAAGAGCAGUACCUACAGAUGGACCUGUGGUUCCCCCGCGAGACCAGCCUUCCCAUCCCGGACCACCCAUCAGAACCGCUGCCUUACGACCGUCUGAGCAACCUGAGGAAGUUUUUCUUCGCCCUGUUUGCGGACGGCGAGCCCCCCCCGGCCCGGCUGGACUACGUGAACACACUGCUGUACUUCGCCUCGCACCCGGACCCCCAGCAGGGCUUCGUCCGCGCGCUCAGCAUCGUCACGGGACGGGCCCUCCAGUACCGGCCCCGGAGCGCCCCGCUCCUAAAGUCGGUGCCGUACAUGGAGGAAUGCGAGUCUUCGGAGCUGGGGGGGGAGCCAGCGGCGACUGCCGAGGGGGGGGCGGAGGGGGGAGAGGGGGAGGAGGGGGGAGGGGUGUCCAUCCCCGACCUCCUGAAAGUGAUCUGCCAUGGGGGAACCAGGUCAGUGAGCUACAAUCGCUUCCACCCGGACGGGAGGAACACAGAGGAGUACGAGGAGGAUUUUGCGAAGGUCUUCAGGGACCUGGGGUUCAGUGCCGAGGAGAAGGUGCCCUUCGGGAUUCUGUCCCAGCAUCCUCUCUUCCAGGAACUGAUGGACUCCGCGCCACAGUACCAGCUGACUGACUUGCACCAACUUCUGCAGGCCCAUCUGAGCGAGGGGAAGUCCGCGGAGUCUUAGAGCACGCAGACCCCCCCCCCAGGAGAUCCCCCAAUUCUGCUCUGCUGUGACUUAAAGCAUGCAGACCCUCCCCAGGAGACCCCUGCUCCAGCCAUGGUUUACCACGCCCCUGCACGUCUGUUAUAGUCGUCAUAGAGCUGCUAACAUUAAUUCAGUGCAAAAUGUAUCAAUGUGUUUUUGCUGUGGUGUAUACUGACAAUAUGUAAUGCUGUAUAAAUAUGUAUGUGAUUAGAAAAAUAAGAACAAAAUUAGAUGUUGUCUUGUGUAAGUUAAAAAAAAUCCUAAAAAUGUUUAGAUACAAAAACCACACCAUUUUGAAUUAUGACUAUUAAUACUGAGGCAAAAAGCAGAGCAGCUCUCUCUUUAUAAUAGUGUGCUUCUGAUUUUCUGUGUUUAGAUGCUUCAGGACAUAUACAGAUGCUAUGCCGUCUAAUCUCUAUAUUACUAGAGAGAUUUAUUUAUAAUAAUCAGGAGUAGUAUGUCAUGUUUGAAGGGUAGGGUAUUCUCUGAAAUAAUUUUCCUUUUUUAUGUGUCCCUGAUGUGUAAUCUUGCUAGGUGUCAGAAAUGUUUUAUAGCAUUUUGUCAGCCAUGUCAGUUACACUGUAUUUCUUUUCCAUUUUAUUAUCUUCCAUUGCCUUCUGAAAGUAUUCUGCAGUGCUGUUGCAAUGACUCUAAACAGAAGUGACUACAGUGACCCCUUAUGGCAUGCUGUUGUAACUACAAGUAAAACAAAAAGUUUGUUGGGUCAGAGCCUAUGGUCAGAGCCAGUCCCUGGCGUGACCUCUGAACUCUGUGAGGUCAUUUAGGAGCACAGCCAUUCCUGGGCCACGCAGUUCAAGCUUAAAUGGUGGGUAUGAUUAAUGUUGGAGCACUUUGGGGCCACAAUAACAUUCUUGUUUGGGGCCCCCAGAACUCUAGGGCCAGCUCCGGUUGUAUAAACAGAGAAGCCUAUGGCCCAAAUCAUCCAGUUGUUCCUCUUUCAAUUGCCGAGAAGCUAAACGGGUAAAUUAAAUUGUAGUAAUUUUUCUUAAACUGUCUGCAAACUGAGAACAAUCACAAUAAAUCAUUUAUUUAUUUUCACAAA